AUGCUUCUUCAAUCUGCCUCAGAAUUUGUUCAAGAACACCCCAUCCCCGUUCUUGUCACUUCGAUUAUACUUGCCUUCGCUUCGCAUAUAUACUAUGAAGUAUUCAUCAGCCCCCUCGCCAAAUUUCCAGGCCCAACCUUCGCUGCCGCAACACGGAUACCCCUACUCUACCACACAUUCAAAGGCGACCUUAACAACUGGGUUAAUGAUCUCCACGUGAAAUACGGUAAUGUAGUCCGUGUCGCUCCAGACGAGCUAAGUUACACAAGCGGAGAAGCUUGGAAAGGGAUCUACGGCCACGCCGCAGCUGGAAAGAAAGUUACAGAGAAGGACCCCCGAUUUUAUGGCCCAUCGUUCAAUGGAUCCCCAGAUAUCAUCCGCGCAGGUGGGCCUGAUCACUCACGUUUCCGACGCAAUUUCUCACAUGCCUUCUCUGAUCGCGCGCUCCGCGAACAACAGUCGCUGAUCUGUCAAUACGUGGAUAUGCUGGUCGAGAAGCUCGACGAGGAAAUCAAAGAUGAUCCCAAGGCACACAUUAAUAUGGUUCGCAUGCUCAACCUGACGACCUUUGACAUAAUGGGUGAUUUGACAUUUGGUGCUUCCUUGGAUCUGUUAGCUGGCACUGGAAACACGAACUGGGUUUCUGCUGUGUUUGUCAGUAUGAAAACAAAUGCUUUACGCAGAAUGGCGCGCUACUGGCCUUGGACUGCGCCUAUUGCCCAGAGACUCAUUCCAAAGGCGUUGAAGCAGCAGAGUAUCUCUCAUUACCGGGCUUCCCAGGGUCGUGUUGAUAAACGAAUUGAUGGCAGUCACACGAUUCAGAAACCUGAUAUCUGGGGUAUUGUGAUGAACCAGAAGGAGGAUCUGCGCCUAAGUCGGACGGAGAUGUAUGCCAACUCGCAGGUCUUUAUGGUUGCGGGUACUGAGACUACAGCUACCGCACUGAGUGGGUUGCUUUACUACUUGUUGAUGAACCCUGCCAAGAUGGAUAUCAUUGUAAAGGAGAUUCGUGACACUUUUGAGAAGGAUGCGGAUAUUGAGAUGAGAGCUCUAGAGCAUAUGACUUAUCUCAAUGCGUGUAUUGAGGAGGCUUUGCGCAUCUACCCUCCAGUUCCUGUCGGUCUGCCUCGGAUCACCCCUGACGAGGGUUUGCUCGUGUGUGGAGAACAUAUUCCGGGAAAGAUCGCUCUUUCCGUUAACCAAUGGGCUACAUUCCACAACCCCGAAAACUUCAAGCGACCAGAGGAAUUCAUUCCUGAGCGUUGGAUUGGUGAUGAAUUUGCCAGUGAUAACAAAGCAGCUUUCCAACCAUUCUCAUUUGGCCCCCGCAACUGUCUUGGAAAAAAUCUGGCAUACCACGAAAUGCGUCUUAUCCUUGCGAAGGUUUUGUAUAACUUUGAACUUUCCCUUCUGCCCGAGUCCUUUGGUUGGGAAAAGCAGAAGACCUUUUUCUUGUGGGAAAAGAACGAUUUGAUGGUUCAGUUGAAGCGAAGGGGUUGA